CCCGAGUGGCAUUUCCACCGUUGUUAGCCCAAAGGAAAUCCGCAAAGAAAAACCCACCAAGAUGUUCCAAGCCAAAUCCGUUUGCCUGCUGCUCGCCCUCUGCCUUUUGGCCCUGUUUUUGGCCGGAUCUGAGGCCCUGCCACGCCCACAGGAGGGUCGAGAGGAGGGCGGCGACCAGGAGGCCAAUGUGGAGGCCGAGGAGAAGGAUCUCGAGGGAGCAGCAUCCUUUGGAUACGGAUACUACUCAUCGCCGUACUUGGGUGGCUACUACGGCGGCGGAUAUUGGCCACAUUACAGCGGAAGUUACUACGGAAUCGGUUAUCCCUACUACGGAGGCUAUGGAGGAUAUGGUGGCUACUACGGACAUGGACAUCACCAUGGACAUUAUGGACACUACUUCUAGGGAAUAGUCUUAACUUGAACAAGAAAGACAU